UGUGCAGUUAGGCAAGGGACUGUGUGACCUUCCCCCACAAUGCAUCCGUUCUGGACUAUAACAGUUCCCAGCGCCUAAACUUGACUGACGUGACAGAGGCAGUAAAUCUGGGGAAUAACUUUUUUUUAUGUUAAUUUUUUUUUAUUAUUAUAAAUAUAUUUCUUCAAAGAUGGCCAGUUUAAUUUCAUGUGGCGCUGGAUUUUUUGCGAAAACACUGGGGCUCCUGAGCAGCCGAUCUCUUGCAAGGUGCACCUGUGUGUGCCCAGCAGUGAGAGAGGUUUCUUUCAGCACAAGCUCAGGAGGACCCCCAAAAAGACCACUGACUGGUUAUCUUCGAUAUGCAGUACAGCAACGGCCUGCAGUGGCAAAACAGUAUCCAGAUGUGAGAUUUGUGGAAAUAACGAAAAAGAUUGCACAAGAGUGGAGAUUGCUGUCACCUGAACAAAAAAAGCCAUAUCAGGAGGCUGCACUUGCAGCGAGGCAGGUAUAUAAAGAAGAGAUGACAAAAUUCAAAGAACAGCUAACGCCUGCCCAUGCAGCAGCGCUGAAAGAAGAGAAGAGGCAGAAAAUGGCCAGGAGAAGGGCAAUAAGGAAAAAGCGGGAGCUUACAAUGUUAGGCAAGCCCAAACGACUAAGAUCUGCAUUUAACAUCUUUAUGUCUGAACACUUUCAAGAAGCUACAGGAGAAUCAACGCAGGCCAAGAUGAAGAACUUGUUUGAAGACUGGAGUAAACUGCGUACUGCACAAAAAGAGGUCUACAUGCAACUUGCAGAAGACGAUAAAAUCCGGUAUAAAAAUGAAAUGAAGUCGUGGGAAGAACACAUGGUUGAGGUGGGGCGUGAAGACCUCAUUCGCAACAGGAAGAAGACGAAACCCAAGAAUUCGGUAAAAGCAAAAGGAAAUAAAACCAAGAUCAAAGUGGUUUCAGAAAGCAAUGGCACUGAAACGCCUGCAAGCACACCUGGUACUAGAGAGUCAACCAGCAGGGCUAAGAAGACUGAGGAGUAACAGCGAAGAGCAUGGAUUCUACUGAUUUCAGAAUCCCUCCAGAUAUUGCCACCCUUCAGAUACAUACUGUAUUUAAACCUUGUGUAUAUAUUGUUAGCACUUACUGUGCUGGGAAAAGUAAAUGAUCCUCAUGAAGCUGUGAAAAGUUACAUGCUGAACAGGAAGGUCCCUUGCCUGUUUCAAAUCAUGCUUGUGUUCUUUAAAACAAAAAGAUAAAACAUUAUCAACAACUAA